AUGGUACACCACUUGGAAGAAGUACCUAUAUCAAGAGGUAUGAAGAAGCUUGAAGUUCUAUCAGGUAAUAGGAAUAGAUGGCUUUCUCGUGAAGUACCUAUAUCCGACGAAGUUUUGAGUCUAUCCUCCUUGAGGGUCUUGAGAUUUCGCGGGAUAAAGAGCCUUCCGGUGAGUAUGAGUGUACUCUCAUGCCUGCAGACCCUUCAUUUAGGUGACUGCCAGAAUCUUCAGACCCUCCCUGAGCUUCCAUCUAGCUUAAUUAGUCUAACAAUUGAAGCUUCGUCGAAGCUGACUUCCCUGAAUCUGGCGAACUUGGUGAAUCUAAAAACAUUGCAUUUGUCUCAGGCCUCAGAGCUCAAAGAGCUGGACAGCAUCUCUAGUCUAAGGAAACUUGAGAAAAUGAAUUUGCACUCACUGAAGAUAUAUACUUUACCAGAAAAGAUAGGUGCAUUUCUCCGUCAUCUAAAAGAGCUUGAUAUUCAUUACUGCCACAAACUUAAAAGCCUCCCCACACUUCCCUCAAGUCCGUCAGUUUUGAGAAUUGGGACGUGCAACUCACUUGAGAGGUUGCCAGACCUUUCAAACCUGAAGAAUUUGUCGAUAUUAGAGGUUAUGCAGUGCCACAAGCUCAGGGAAAUCGAAGGUCUUGGCAAUCUCCUGUCCCUGAAGGAUCUGCGUACAGAUUAUUGCCCUCUAACUAAGCUAGACGGUCUGAAGUCGGAAAGGCUCAAGUCUUUAACUGUAUUGUCCGCCGCUUGGUCUGAAGUUGAACGACUUCCCAACUUAUUCAAGUUGAAGAACUUGAAGUCCCUAAGUGUACUGGGCAGCAGGAAGCUAGUUGAGAUUGGAGGACUCAGCAGUUUGCUAAACCUGAAAAUGUUAUGUAUAGACAACUGCAGGUCGCUCGAACUCUUGCCCGAACUACUACCCUCUUUGGAGAAAUUAUUCCUUAGAUAUUGUGUGCAAUUUAGCGAAAUUGAGGCGGUCGCAGAAUUGGAGUCACUGCAAGAGUUAAAUAUAAACAGGUGCAGAUCGCUCAGGAAGUUACCGAACCUAUCAAACUUGCAGAGGCUACAGAGAUUCAAUAUGAGAGAUUGUGAGAGCAUCGUGGAAAUUCCAAGACUUGAGGAGCUGAGUAGUCUACAGGAGUUGAACACCGUUGGAUGCAAGGCACUUAAGUUACCCGAUCUUUCAAAGCAGCAGAGUAACGGGCUGUAG